AUCACCUUGCUAAAUUCGAUACUUUCUGCUUUACCUACUUUUUAUAUGUCUUUAUUUUUGUUACCAAUUUUUGUGGUUUCUGAGAUGGUUAAAAUUCCAAGGGCAUUUUUAUGGGGAGGGGCUAAGUUGCUUAGAAAAAUUGCAAGGGUUAAAUGGGAUUACAUAUGUGUUAGUAGGGUUAAGGGUGGUUUAGGGGUUCCGGAUUUAAGGAGGAGAAAUUGGGCACUAUUAGGGAAGUGGUGGUUUUAGUUUGGUGAAGGUGUGGAGAGUGUGUGGAAACAAGUAGCGAAGGAAAAAUAUUAUGAGGAUCGGUGUGUGGUUGAUAUCACAGCAGUUGCACAUUUAAGGAUUUUGAAGUUGUGGAAGGAUAUUAUUAGCUUAGGUGGGAAAUUUGUUAGAUUGAGGGAUAUGUUGGUGAAAGGGUUUAGAUGGGAGGUGGGGAGUGGUAGUAGUGUGGGUUUUUAGUGGGAGAGUUGGGUUGGAGCUAAGGCUUUACGAGAUUCUUGUCCUAGAUUAUAUGCGUUGGCUGUUAAUAAGGAAGGUUAUGUGAGUGAGAUGGGGCUAUGGGAGGGAGAUAGCUGGCGAUGGAAUAUGUCUUGGAGAAGGGGAAGAUUGGGUCGAGAAAGGGAUGAGGAGGAGGUUUUAUGGAGGGUGUUGGAUAAUAUUCAUUUGAAGAAAGGGAGGAGGGAUUCUUGGACUUGGAUACAUGCACCGGGAGGACAAUAUAAAGUUAAGGUAGCAUAUGAUUUCCUAGCUUCUUAUGUGCGCCUCCUUGAUACUCAUCUUUGUAAGUUUAUUUGGUGUCGACUAGUGCCUUCAAAAGUUAGUUUUUUUGGAUGGAGUCUUUGUCUUGAUAGGCUUCCAACAAAACGGAACUUGCAAAAAAGGGGAGUGUGUUUGCAGCAGGAGGAAUUACUUUAUGGUUUGCGUCAUGAGGUGGUGGAGGAGGUUGAUCAUUUGUUUUGUACAUGUAGGGAGGCUUGGUUGAUUUGGGUUAAAGUAUUGCGUUGGUGGGGAAUUGAGACUGUGAUGUGCAAUACAGUUCAGGGGAUAACAGAAUUUUUCUUGCAUGAUUUGGGUGGUAUUACUGGGAAGGAGGUGAGUGCAUAUAUUUUCCUUGUUGUGGCAUGGUUCUUAUGGUGUUGGAGGAACAAUUGUGUCUUCAAUGAUUCUAUGAGUAUGGGGGAGCAUUUGGUGGAUAGGAUACAAAUGAAGUCAUUUUUGUGGAUCAAAAAUAAAGUUGAUGGAUGUGUGUUUUCUUUUUAUGAGUGGAAGGAGCACCCCGUGGACUAUGCUGUGGCUAUAAAAUAAUUUAAGACACAGCUGAAGACUUUUCAUAGGCAACAUCCUGGUACUUAAUGAAGGUACCGGUUGCAUUUUUGCUAUUUUUUGGUGCUGGUUUGGUUUGGUCACUGUUUACAAUAGCAUCUUAAUUAUGUAAAUGGGUUGGAGUAUCCAUUGCACUCCUUAUAAUAAUAUUCUUUCUUUGUU